UAACCUGUCAGCCAUUUUUUGCACCGGAAAUGACUUCUCUUCUGAUCGCCAGGAAACCAAUAAAAAUGGAGUACCGAAAACCAUAGAUAUAAAACCGGAAGUAUUACGAGUGUAGACGUACGAACAGCACGUAGAACAUGUUCUAUGUAUCGACCGAUUUACUUAAUUUUGUUGUUUAGUCGUACUUUGUUUAAAAUAUAGAUUGAUAUAUAUAGAAGGUGUUGUCAUUCUGGGGCCUUCAUGUACAGACCUGAACCCAGGUUUCAUACUCAGGACUCAAGACUAAGGUCUUGUAUGUGUUUGUCCAAGCCAUUCAAUUCUAUUUAAUACAUUUGAUUUCAUAAGCUGCUGGAUAAUGCAGUGUAGCGUUCUGUCAGUCUGUUUUGCUAUUUUAUCACUGUAAAUAUUUCCUUGCAGAGGUCUGGGUGCUCCUACUGCUAUUUAUAAAUAGGGAGAUUCGUUUGAACAGGCCGGCACUUUGUAUUUAAGCGCCUGUGUGUAAUCAGUUAGGUACUCUGGUACACACAAAGUUUAACAAAGGAAGUGUAUCAAAUUUUGUGAUGGUCGUCGCUGAGAAAUAAACGUGGAUGAUGUAGCCGUUUCAUGCUCCAUUCUUGUCUCCUCAGAAAAUGUAGACCUAUUAAUAUGAAAAUCUCAAUAAUAUAAAAGUUUGUUUAUAAGGAAAGGAUAUUUGACGCUCUACUUAAACAUAUUUAUUGGAAUAAUCGCUCUUUUCACUUUUCAAUUCUAUUAAUUAUUUAAAAAUCAUGCAUUAAGAAAUGGCCCAAAAUAGCCGUAAACGUAAGGUGAUCGCUUUACAUAGGACCAUGGCUGGAAAACGUGACAGCUUGCAGGCUGCAUCUUCCUUUUCUUCCAAAUCCCAAUUAAAUGUUGAUGCUGAUACAGUUUAUGUGUGCUGGGCGGAGGAUUUUCAGCUUUUCCACGCGGUUAGAGAGCGCGCAGCUCUGCUGCUGGGCGGCGUUUGCUGGUGCGUCCCGUGGUCUGGGCAGCCCGGCAGAGAAAGGCUGGCUUGUGACUAACACAUGGCACUUGAGUGCCUUCUUUAACGCUAAGAUAUGUACGUGCCCUUGAGUCUGCUGGGUGCGCAUUUGUUGCUCUUAAACGUAACUAUAUUGCAGUAUACGAGCUGUCCGUAUUAAUAUAAGGAGGGCCAAUGAAGCGGCGCAAGAAGAUGCCUCAACUCUGGAAAGCAUUCAGUUUCCUUCUUGUUAUGUGCAACGGAGUCGUAGCGCAAACGGCAAAUCGGGUCAUCUUUUCCCUGGGAACCUUCCAGAAUGUAACUGUACCUGGAAACGCCACGGUGGAGGUGCAGGUCUCCGGCAUCCCAGUGGAGGUCUCCUACAUCACGUUCCAGUUCCACACCUGGCGCCACAACAUAACUCUGUCCUACACGGAGGUUCCAGCACUGGGCUCGUCUCACACAGCCACUGAUGCCGGACUGCUGUCACUCAUGCUGAGGUCACAGACCUCGCUGACCUGGUAUCUGCUGCCUUCUGACAGUGCGCCGCUUACCGCCGUGGGCGUGGUCCUGCCUUACCGCGGCGGCGACCCAGUACCAGGUGGCUGUAACCUGGAGAAUGGCGUGAACUUUGACCCCAGCAUCCACCUGCGAUACACUGUGUUUGAGACCACCAUCACUGUGGCCGCUGCCAACGUUGGGUACGCCAGGGGGGCCUCACCUCCUUCGUGCAAUGCCACCGGGGGCCCCCAAACUCGCCUGGAGUAUGAUGUCUACCAGUACUUGCUGCGGGCGGGCGACCUGUCGGAGGAGAGCCUCCUCAUCCAUAUCCAGAAGGUGGCCGACGCAGGGGGUGUGACAUCCCAUGGGACCAAGGUGAAGACGUGGGUCUCUGGCGAUGAACUGACCGCAUCGUUUGGCUCCGCCCCUGGACAGGGUGUCAUAUACUCGGUCGUGGUCAGGGACCCCAUGUUGAACACUUCCGCCCUCUAUGUGCCAGUCCACAGCUACGCCUGCAGCUUUUCCUCUGCCCUGGAUGGCUGCAUGACUCUGGGAAAGAUUUCUACCAAGGUGUUUUUUACUGUUGUUGGUUUAGCUGGCCUUUGCGUUUGCUUCUUUGGACACAGAUUCUUCAAAUGCGAGCUCUUCUGGAUGGGACUCUGCUUUGCUGCCUCCAUCUUCUAUGUCAUCAUCACGAAGACCACGACCCUCGACUAUGACCUCCGGUUAGCCCUGACCUCUCUCAUGGGACUGGUGGGAGGCGUCCUGCUGGUGAUGAGUUGGUGGCGUCUCGGCUCCAUCCUGUGCUGCGUGGGGGUGGUGGGACUCCUCCUCGGGUUCCUGCUGGCAGCCUCCGUCUUCUUCACGCCUGUCGGCAGCCUCUCCGUUUUCCAGUCGGAUGCUGCAUUCCGGCUCACCUUUGGCACUAUCCUUCUGGCUGCUCCUCUUGUCUUCCUCCGAUGGCCUAGAGAGGGCAGCAUCGUCUGCUGCGGCGUUGUUGGCUCCUACUCCGUGCUUCUGGCGGUGAGCACCUACAUCUCCACCAGCCUGUCCUACCUCACCCUGGACGUCCUCAAGCGUCUCGUGGAUGGCAGCUUCAGCCGGACCUCCGCCGCCGUGGCCUUCCGGAGCAUCGAUUACAUCCUGCUGACAGUGUGGGUGAUCCUGGCGGUAGGCGGCACCGCCCUGCAGCUGCAUCGCGAGCGGGAGCGCCCCUUCUUCCCACCCAGCCCCUACCUCAUGUGGCGGCAGGAACGCGAGCGGCGGAAGACCAAUGUGCUGGACCCCAGUCACCACAUGCCCCCGCUGCCUUCCCGGCUCCAGGGCCGCCUGCUGGGCCUGAUUCGCCGCAAGGAGCCUGCAGAAGAGAGGACGCCCCUGCUGUUGUAAGCCCUGUCCCUCCUCAUGUGGGCCCCGCCCUUCCUGGUGUGAGUCCCGCCCCCGCUAACAAGCUAGCGCCGUAGCCCUGGGACCUCACUCAAGGUUCCGUGGGGGACUGGAUGUCUGGGAUACCUGCGGAAGCAUGCACGUCACCCAGGCGGUCAACCAUGCUGGAGCGGCCUGUGACCUGGCCAGGGACAAUUCUCGCCUUUCACGUACCAGCCAGUCACAUCAAGACAUCUGUCGUGUUCUCUCUCCACCGACCAAUCGGCAUGCCGUCAGUUCAGCCUCCUGGCCAAUCACACAUGGGCAUGUGUGGCACAUUCUGCGGCGCAUGUAUAAUGCGGUUCAUACCGCGUAAAUGUGCAUAAAGCCUGUGAUCUGACUGCAUUUUUAAGCUGGUGCGGUGCCUCAUCCGAGAGGGAAGUGCGUUUUGCAGGGAGUGGCGAAAUAUGGCAAAAUAUUUUGCCCAAAAAUGACCCUUUCUUCACACCAUCCUAGGACGUGUUUCUUUUUAUAGAACUACAACCACUAUUAUAUAAUACACUUGUUUUUUGACUUGGGAUAAAUUGCCAAGAAUGGGCUGUUGUAAUCUUCCAGUUUUUAACACACCGAUAAAUGCCUUUUUUGUUGUUUAUACUUUGCUGAUUCAUUGUGAAGGGCCUCUUAAUAUUCUAUGGACGCUGGAUGUGUGUGACCAUGUGACCACACCCAGUGGGAGGAGUCACCACUUCUAGCGGGAAAUGGUGCUCAGUUCACUUUUAUUGCAUCCGUUGUCUUUAUUUUAAUGACAUGGUUCGGCCCACCAGCGUUGUUUUCAAGUUGUUUCAUUAAUAAAGUUUGUGUUUUUACUGGCA